AUGUUGACUUAUGAUGAGAGCAGAUCUCAAUAUAGGGCUAAACUGAAGGACGCAAUGAGGUAUAUGAAUAAACACAAGUUAGAAUCGAGUCUGCGCAUACGAGUUCGGAACUUUCUGCAUCAGCUGUUCGAAAAUCAAACUAAUCUGGAAUCCCGUCGGGCAUUGGUGGAGUUCUUGCGGACUAGUGAAAGUCUACAACGGGACGUUUAUGUUGGCCUGAUGGGAAAGAUGCUCAAACGUUACUCGUGGUUCAAGGACUUGUCGCAUGAGAUACUCGGAAAGGUAUGCUCAGUAUGUGAAGACCUCUACUAUGCUCCAACUGAUGUGAUGAUAUAUGCUAAUGAGGAGGCCGACGGCAUGUACUUUGUCGUACGAGGAUCGAUGGACCUAGGGUAUUAUGCAGCUGAGAGAGGCAACUUGGAGAUUAUGAAGCUUCUACUGGAGAAUGAUGCUGACCCGAAUCGAUCAGAGCCGACAACUUUCACUGCACUUUAUGCUGCUAUUAAUAAGGGCCAGAACGAGGCGGUUAAACUCCUUUUGGAGUGGCAAGCAGAUCCUAAUCAAGUUGUGGGAAAUGUUGAUCCUGCUAAGAGAUGUUUUGGAACAUCCCCGUUGGCCGCCGCUAUCAAAAAGGGAUCUUCUGAGCUGGUUGAUGUAUUGUUGGAUACGAGAAGGGUGGCUAUAACUGCCGAAGAGUUCAAGGCGGCCUUUGAUAAAAAGUCGAAGCCCUUCGUCAAGCGAUUGAUGAAAGCGCUAUCACCGGAUUUCCCGGAAAGAUAUCAGACUAUGUGGGAACUCCGCAGCUCUAAUGGAGAGUCGUUGAUUCAGUAUUUUGCCAGGAAAGGAGAUGUAAAGAUUCUCGAGAUGGCUAAGGGGUGA